AUUCCACAUUCAAGUCUACAUUAUGCCCCGGAAACCCGGAAAUCCGGAAAAAUGACAAAAUAAAUUUUCAUCAAAAACCAUGGAACAAGAAAUAUAUACACGCAUCUCGACAUUUCUUGAGCGCUGGAAAGGAAUUAAAUUCGAAUUCGAAAUCCUUCCUUCCAGCCUAGUCCCUGCUCCAGCAGACGGACACCUUCCCAUCAUUGAAGACGGACCCAGUUUCGGGAUUUCAAAACAGGGCUUAAUCCGGGCAUUUUGUUUUGCGCGGACAUUAUUUUUUCAGGCCUCAAAUGGCCUUUCUCCUGAUCCUUGCAAACAACAUGAUUAUUUCCAGGCGUCUUCAAUCAUAUUAUUAUUUGACCCAGAGCAUUUGACGGCAGCUAAUGCCCGGAAGAAGCGAUUAUUUGCUUUAAAGCGCCAUGCAUCUAAGUUUGGUGCGUUGGGAAAUGCACAAAGCCAAGAAGAAGAGAGGCCCUUGAAAAAAGCGGUGCAUGAGGAAUUAGUAUUUCUCGAAAGCAUCUUAACGUCCCCUUUGCAUCGGCAUUCUAAAUCGCCCACGCUAUGGUAUUAUCGGCGCUGGAUAUAUACACAAUUCUACGACAUUGUAUGGCUCUGGCCGGCGUCAACGCGAAAGGAAUCUCUCACAGCAUUCAAUGAGACAGAUGAAGCAACAAACCUAGCGUCGACAAUUCCCAUGUCUGAGCUUAGACUUGUCAUGAAAGCAGCAGAACGACAUCCCAAAAACUACUACGCGUGGAACUACGCGCGAGAAAUGAUAUAUCUUGCAGAUACCUGGCGGUCUGCUACGACUACGGUUUUUGCCGACAGCAAUAGGAGUGAUCUAUACAUUACAUUCUGUCGAAGCGUGCAAGAAUGGUGUUUGACCCAUGCGAGUGACACUUCUGGCUGGUCAUUUCUCUUAUUUCUCCUCCGACGUGGAGACAGAGAUGUGGACUACGUGUCUGCAGUGCCACUGCAGCUCGUACAAGAGGUCGUUGAUCUGACGCUUAAUUUCAAGUGGGAGCAUGAAGCCGUCUGGUGUUUUCUUCGGAGUGUCCUUGCUUCGAGCGAGAUUUUGAGCGUUGAUCAGAGGGAACAGCUUCUUGCUAGAAUACGUGACAAUUUGGGACAAUCAGCUAAAUCUGGCACGGAGAAUAAUAUGGAGAAUGAUAUCAUUUCUCUUGCUGGAAGUGAAGGUGCAUCAAAGGGCACGUCGCAGGAGAAGGGGUUGCGGUGGAUCAGCGUUUUCAAAGAAGAUAUUGCGUGAGAAGUGCCAGGCGAUUUCCCAAUUCUUGGUUAAGUGGGCAGUCUGCUCAGCUUGAAAUAGGCCGGCCG